CUUUCUAAAGAAGCAGUAGAUCUUUCUCUUCCGGUCCCAGACGCUGCAGGAGCCGCGGGUUCUGUGCAAACAUGGCCAAGUGCAAGAACCACACCACACACAACCAGUCCCGUAAAUGGCACAGAAAUGGCAUCAAGAAACCCCAGUCACAAAGAUAUGAAUCUCUUAAGGGGGUGGACCCCAAAUUCUUGAGGAACAUGCGCUUUGCCAAGAAGCACAACAAGAAAGGCCUGAAGAGGAUGCAAGCAAACAAUGCAGAGGCAAUGAGUGCGCGAGCAGAGGCCAUCAAGGCCGUUGUGAAGCCUGCAGCUGUUAAACCCAAGAUGCCAAAGGCCCCCAGCCGCAAACUCAGCUGUCUGGCUUUCAUCGCUCACCCCAAGCUUGGGAAGCAGAUUCGAAGCUACAUGGCUAAGGGUCGUAGGCUCUGCAAAUCAAAGCCCAAGGCUCAAACCAAGGCAGAGGUCACAGCUCCAGCUAAGGGCAAGGCUUCAGCUCUAGCUCCAGCUCAGGCUCCCAAAGGUGCCCAGGCCCCUGUGAAGGCCACGUAGGAAAGGGUUCUGCUGAUGUGAAGACAGACGGACUGAUGUGACACACCCACCUACACACUAUUUACAGAUGAUCAGUGUCCUGUGUUGUUUUUACAAAUAAACCUGAGGCAAGAUCUGUUUAAAAAAAAAGAAGAAGAAGAAGCAGUAGACAUGAGAAAGAGCCUCUGUGUCAGCGGUUCUCAGCCUUCCUAACGCUGCGACCGUCCAAUAUGGUUCCUCAUGCUGUGACCCCAACCAUAAAAUUAUUUUCAUUGCUACUUCAUAACUGUAAUUUUGUUACUGUUAUGAACUGUACUGUAAAUACCUAAUAUGCAGGAUAUCUCAUAUGCCACCCUGUGAAAGGGUUGUUCGUGGGUCUUGACCUACAGGUUGAGAACUGAUGCUCCGUUUAGCAGUGUUGCUCACUGCUAUUGAGGUUAGAGCAGUGAGGCAUUAAA